CAACCCAAAAACCACCAAAAAAUCGACCAAGGGUGCUGUUCCGUUUCCUGAUCACGCCAUAUAUUAACAUUAUGAAUUUCUAUGUGAAAUUAUUUUUCCUCUCAUGAAUUGGCAGGAAAGCAAAGAAUUGGACUGACAAAAACGUGGCCAUGAGUUAUGGAUUUAUUUUCAGGGACCGGAAAAUUUUCCAGUCGUCCACCACUUUCGAUCAAGGACAAUGAUAAAGUGAUUUUUGCUACUAUGCACCUUCUAGGACUGGCAUAUGAGUAGCAAAACAAUCAUUCAAACACAUGGUCUACGUGACAAAUGGUGUGAUCAAACUGAUUGGCAGUUGGACGGUCCGAAAAAUCAUAUAAAAUUCCAUGCCACACAAGCAAUCAUCAAGUCAUCACCACAAACAUUUUGUUUUUUAUUUUUCCAACACCUGUAUUUUCAUUUUUACAAUAUUAAAUUUUCUCAUAUUUUUAAAUCUGUGUUGUGUGUGAAUACGCAUGUGUUAACUUUGUCAACCAAGAACGCUAUACAUAUACUAUAUACAUGACGUCACGCAAUUGUUGAUCAUUUCUUUUCUGCCGGCACUAAUUAUCGCAUUUUUCGUUUGUCAAUAUAUCGAGUGUUUUUCAUCAUCGAUAAUGGCGAGAUCACAGACUGAUAUUAUCGAUAUUGAGUUAUUUCAAGAUGAUUUCAAAAACAUCGAUCAAAAAUUUCUUCAAUCAGUUGUUUCAAUUUUUAGCUUUUUUACUUUCAAAUGGUCCUUUAAAAAACAAUUUUUAUUGAUGACCGAAAAUGCUACAUAUGCAUAUGGUGAUGAAAUAUGCUCAUGGUUAUCGUUGAAACAUGAUUUGACCAAACCACAACGGAUAUCUUGUCUUGAUGAUAUGAAAAUUGUUCAAGUAGAUUCUGGCCAUGAUUUUGUUGCCAUUCUAACUGAUGAUGGACAAGUAUUCAUAGCCAGCGAUGUUGAUUCUAAUUGGAAAACAAAGAGAACAUUACGAUUGAUUUCCAACGAUAAUGAUCGUUUCAAGAUGAUUGCUUGUGGAUGGUUGCAUUUAUUAUUGCUCAAACAAGAUGGUCAUGUUUUUGCUAUGGGUGAUAAUAAUUGGGGUCAAAUAACUGGUAAUGAAAUAUCAUCAUAUGAAAUCAUGAUCCACAUUGAUAACCUAGAAAAUGUCAAGUUCAUAGCUUGUGGAAAGCACCAUAGUUUUUCAAUAACAAAUAAAGGAGAAAUUUAUUCCUGGGGCCUUAAUUAUUGGCAUCAAUUAGGUCUUGAUGAUGAUGAAAACCGAAACGUCUCAUGUCUUGUUGCAUAUCCUAAUGCUUAUUCAACCCGCAUCAAAGAUAUUAUGACUGGCAACUAUCAUUCAUUAUUUUUAUUCGAAAAUGGUCAGCUUUGGGGAUGUGGAUCUAAUAGCCUUGGUGAACUCGGUCUUGGUAAUUAUAUUAAACGAUCAACGUUGGCAAAAAUACCGAUUGAAAAUGUCAAACAAAUUACAUGUUCAAGAGACCAUUCAUUUUCAUUGGCAUAUGAUGGAUCAUCGUACUAUGCAUGGGGCAGAACCAAAUAUGGCAUAUGGUCAUCACCUAAAAAAUUGAAUGAUUCGCAUUCAUCAUUUGUAGCUGCAUCAGUUCAUGUAUUGAAUUCACCAAUCACAUUUGGCCUCACAUCAAUGAUCCGUGAAUUCGGUUCACGUGAUCAAAUAUCGUACAAAUCAAUCAUCCAAUUAUUCGAUAAUCAACAUAGUUAUGAUGUGGAAUUUAUAUUUGACAAAAAACGUAUUAAGGCGAGUAAAUGUUAUCUCCAAUCUGUAUCGGAAUAUUAUCGUCUAAUGUUUUCGGGUAAUUGGAUUGAAAAUGGCGAAGUACCCAUCAAGAAUUAUUCGUAUGAUACAUACUAUGCAUAUCUACGUAUGUUACAUACGGGUAAUAUUCAUAUUAAUCGUCAAAACAUAACCGAACUUGUUGAUCUGGCCAAUUGUUAUGGUGAUAUAAAAUUAAUUGAAUAUUGUCAAACAUUCAUACGGAGUGAUCUAAAUGAACAAACUAUGACCACAUAUCUUUUAUUAAUCACCAAAUACGAAAUGAAUGAAUUAGACGGUAAACUGAGAAACAAGAUAUUAGCAAAAUCACCGACUGAAAAUAUAAUCGAUAUUGAUUUAUUUCAAAACGAUUUCAAAAAGAUUGAUCAAGAAUUUCUCCAAUCAGUUGUAUCAAUUUUCAGCUUUACCUUCGAUGACAAAAAACAAUUUUUAUUGAUGACCAAAGAUGCUACAUAUGCAUAUGGUAAACAAAUAUGCUCAUGGUUAUCGUUGGAACAUGAUAUGAGCAAACCACAACGGAUAUCUUGUCUUGAUGAUAUGAAAAUCAUUCAAGUAGAUUCUGGCUGGAAUUUUGUUGCCAUUCUAACUGAUGAUGGUCGAGUGUAUCUGGCAAGCAAUAAUUUUUAUUGGAAGAUGAAUAAUACUCUCCCAUUAACCUACAGCUCAGAUUACUAUAUUAUUAAAAUUAAUUGGAAAACGAAUGAAACAUUACGAUUGAUUUCCAACGAUAAUGAUCGUUUUAAGAUGAUUGCUUGUGGAGGAGGGCAUUUAUUAAUGCUACGACAAGAUGGUCAUGUUUUCGCUAUGGGUGAUAAUAGUUGUGGUCAAAUAACUGGUAAUGAAAAAUCAUCAUUUGAAAGUAUGAUCCACAUUGAUAAACUAGAAAAUGUCGAGCUCAUAGUUUGUGGACGGUUUCAUAGUUUUUCAAUAACCAAUAAUGGAGAGAUUUAUUCCUGGGGCUUUAAUGAUUUUGGUCAAUUAGGUCUUGGUGAUGAAAAAAACCGAAACACACCAUGUCUUGUUGCAUUUCCAAAUGAUGAUUCGAUCAAUAUCCACAUCAAAGAUAUUGUUGCUGGCAUGAAUCAUUCAUUAUUUUUAUUCGAAAAUGGUCAGCUUUGGGGGUGUGGUUCUGAUAACAAUGGUGAAAUUGGUCUUGGUUAUCAUUUUAAACGAUCAAAGUUGACAAAAAUACAGAUUAAAAAUGUAAAACAAAUUGCAUGUUCAAGAAACCAUUCAUUUUCAUUGGCACAUGAUGGAUCAUCGUACUAUGCAUGGGGCGAAACCAAAUAUGGCAUAUGGUCAUCACCUAAAAAAUUGGAUGGUCAUCCGACAUCAUUUGCUUCUGCAUCAGUUCAUGUAUUGGAUUCACCAAUCACAUUUGGCCUCACAUCAAUCCAUGUAUUCGGAUCACAUGAUUCGAUAUCGUACAAAUCAAUCCUCAAAUUAUUCGAUAAUCAAGAUAGUUAUGAUGUGAAAUUUAUAAUUGACAAAAAAGAUAUCAAGGCAUGCAAAUAUUAUCUAAAAUCUGUAUCGGAAUAUUAUCGUCGAAUGUUUUCCUGUAAUUGGAUUGAAAAUGGCAAAGUACCCAUCAAGAAUUAUUCAUAUGAAACAUACUAUGCAUAUCUACGUAUGUUACAUACGGGUAAUAUUUAUAUUAAUCGUCAAAACAUAACCGAACUUGUUGAUCUGGCCAAUUGUUAUGGUGAUAUAAAAUUAAUUGAAUAUUGUCAAACAUUCAUACGGAGUGAUCUAAAUGAACAAACUAUGACCACAUAUCUUUCAUUAAUUUACAUACACGAAAUGAAGAAAUUGUAUGACAAACUUGUUCAUCUUGCCAAAAAUUGCCAACAAUAUUCAACAAAACAAUGA